CGAGGCAUAAAAACUCCGCUAGCUUAACUGGAUUUCUAUUGACAAGUUAACACAACUCACUACUGUCAUGCAGCAGCUCCCUGGUGUAGGGAAGUCCAGAUGUGACGAUUACUGAGUACAGUACAGUUCCGCAUUUCAAGGAUGAAAAUGUAUGAUUACUCCAUGGAAAUGCAAUCAAACUUCAUAUGCGUCUUACCUGCCAGUUUAUAACAGUUAUCAUCGAGAGUGGGCAGGGAAAAGAACGGAAUUGAGCAUUUCUAACUGCACUCGGUAAGCAUCACAUCAUUUUUUGAUUCAUCCCUAGAAUCACAUUACUGAUGAAGAGUGUUUUACACUACGGAGUUCAGAUUUACAAACAGAAAACUGCAAAAAAUUAAAUGAGGCUUAAUACUGAUCAUGUUUCCUCCUCAGAGUCACGAUGAUGAUUCAGAGAAUGAACAAAUCAUUUCAUGAGUUUAAAACUAUUCAUCCAUUCUGCUGCAGGUGUGGCCGCAGAGCCGCACGUGUCCUGUUGCUCCUCCAGGAGGGGCGGGAUCAGUUGGUGAUGAAGAGGUGGGGCGGUGAUGAAGAGGAGGAGCAGCUGCUCUUAGUUCAGUCUGUCGCAACGUUUUCUACUUUUCUUCUUUGUUUCACAUGAAAAGUUGUUUUGGACCGACUGUGACCGGAUCAAACGGGAUAAAAAGCGGACUGAACCUGGAUUAAAGACCCCGACCCGGAGCGGGACCCAGAGCGGGACCCAGAGCGGUACCCGGAGCGGGACCCGACCCGGAGCGGUUCACAGGAGUGUGUUUGGAUCAAGACCCAGAUCAUGGGUCUGGAGGACGGACGGAGUUAGAGGAAAAUUUUCCUUUUGUCUCCAUGGAGACGGGUGUUUUUGCCGCCAGUUGAGCCCUCUGUGAUCGAUCCGCUGUAUUGAUCGUGUAUUAAUCAGCGGGAUGGCCGCGCUCCUCCUGCUGCUGCUCGCGCUCUCGACCUGCGGACACGCCAAGAGCGCGUUCCCGCUGCGAUCAUCCUACAGCUUGUAUGCCGGCGGCCAUGCGCACGGUGCUCGCGCAGCUAGCAGACACAGGAACUGGUGUGCGUUCGUCAUCACUAAGACAGUGAGUUGUGUGGUGGAGGACGGAGUGGAGACCUACGUGAAGCCUGAUUAUCAUCCCUGCAGCUGGGGGAGUGGACAGUGCAGCAGGGUGGUGGUCUAUCGGACCUAUAUGAGGCCACGCUACAAAGUGGCCUACAAGAUGGUGACAGAGAUGGAGUGGAAGUGUUGCCAAGGUUAUAGUGGAGAUGACUGCAACCACGGUCCAGUUGGAGAAGGAGGACCUCAGAUAUCAACCAACAGACUGGGACCAGGUGGUGGAAGUCUGGGUGGAGGAGGAGGUGGUCAGCAAGGAGGAGGAAGACAGGGUGGUGGAGGUUUUGGAGGAGGCAUUUCUGGAUCUGGACAGAGUGGAGGGCACGGUGGACAAACUGAGAAUGAGAAAAUGAGGCAGAUGGAGGAAAAGAUCCAGACUUUGACCAAGAACCUUCAGGACCUCCAGUCCACCAUCAACACCAUGAAAGAACAGAGCCAGCAGGAGGUCAACAGACCAGUAGGAGAAGGAGGAGGAGGAAGAAGAAACCCUGCUGAUGCAGCUCAGCCGGAGAUUAAAGAGACAAUUCACAGCAUUCAAACCAAACUGGACCAGUUAGACAACCGUACACAGGCUCACGAUAAAACUCUGGUCAGCAUCAACAAUCACCUGGUGAACGGGAAAGGUAAUGACCUGGAUGGAGGUCUGUCUGGAGGAGGAAUGAGUGGAGGAAGGCUGAACUCGCUGAAGGAGGAGAUCCUGAGGGAGUUGGAGACAAGGGUAUCACUGUCCUGCUCCUCAUGUCAGGAUGGUGUGGAAGAUCUGCGCAGGCAGCAACAGGAGGGCCUAGAGAGGAUUCGAGCUCUGGAGAAACAGCUGAAUGCCCUGGAAGUUCGGUAUCGGCAAGGUCUGGAUGGGUUGCGACGGGAUGUAGUGCGUUCACAAGGAUGUUGCGACACUGUCAGUGACCUCAAAAACCGCAUGACUGAUGCUGAGCGCAAGAUCAGCUCAACCUCAGAGGACUUUGAUGUUCUGCAGAACCGCCUGGACAAGGAGCUAAGUGGAGGAGGAGAUGGCAGCAGCAACAAUGAAAAUGGUGGCGUCAGGGGAGGAGGAGGUGGUUUUGGUGCUGGAGGUGGACUCGGGGGAGGUGGACAAGGGGGAGGUGGACAAGGCGGGGGUGGGAGGGUUGUUGUGCUGACAGAGGACAGACUGGAUAAUCGGCUGAAAGAUGUGGAGCGGCGCAUCAACAGUACUGUGCAGAGGACUGAGCAGAGCUGCUCGUACCUGGAGAAUGACCUGAAGGACUACUUCCACAGAGGAUUGGCCGACCUCAGGGCCGUGUUUCUGGACCGGUUUGAUGACCAGACCUUCAGGAUCGCAGAUGUGGAGCUGGAUGUGGGGAUGGUGAAGGACAGGGUCAGCAAUCAUGACAAGAGGCUAUCGAAGAUGGAAAACAACACCUCCCUCCUAAACAGGAGGUUGGAGGACUGUAGCUGUUCAGCAUCUGCUGGAGGAGGAGGAGGAGCGUCACCAUCUCCUGUUGACCGGGGAGAUGGAGGCGGAAGGUGGGGAGGAGAAGGUCGACCAACAGAAGAAGGAACUUCAGGAGGAGGUUCACGGGGAGGAUCACCAGGGAUGGGAGGAGAAAACACAGAGAAAUCACUGGAGUGGAGAGUGGUCGCAAACGAAGAUCAGAUUCGACACUUCAACACUCAACUCAAAGACCUGUCAGUGUCUGGAGACUCUCUGAACAACAAGGUUGUGAACCUGAGUCAUGACGUCCGUAAGAUCAAGGCUCUGACGGGGGACCAUGGCGAGCACUUCAACCGGAUUGUGACAGAGGUUGAGGUACUUGGGCAGGACUGUGUGUUGUGUGGGAAGGUGGAGGACGAGCUGCAGAGGCUGAAGAAUCAAUCCCAGGAUGCACUAGGACGAAUAAACAAACUCCAGAUCAGACUGGAGUCAGGAAGUGAAGGUUGCUCCGGCAUCUGUUCACACCUGGAGGAGGAAGUACACCUUCUGCGAGAAGACGUCAGGAGGUGCACCGGCCAAUGUAAGACCAGCCCGGAUGCAGCCACAGGUGGUGGUUCUGGAAACACUGGUGGUACUGGUGGACGCCGACCUGUGUUGGAUGCUGAGAAGCCUUUAGAUGGCCACAGUGUGAUCGGAGGCUCCAUCAAUAACAACCAACUGAAGACGCUGCAGGGCGAACUGUCAGAGGUCAUCCUCACCUUCAGCUCCAUCAAUGACACCCUGAAGGGACUUGAACACACAGUGCAGAAGCACGGCAGCGUCAUCACCGACCUUGGAAACACCAAAGAUAAGAUAAUCUCCGAACUAGACAAAAUCCAGCAAGAGGUAACGGAGCACAUCGAGGACAGCCGUGACCGUCUCGAUGGGAUGGACCGCGACAUCCGGCGGUUUGAGAGCACGCUGCUUGUUGAGGUGGGAGACUGUAAGAGGUCUGGAGACGGGCUGGAGAAGAGACUGUCCAAGCUGGAGGGAGUCUGUGGGAGGCUGGACGGUGUCUCCGACUCCAUCCUGAAGAUCAAGGAUGGGCUGAACCGUCAUGUGUCCAGUUUGUGGACGUGUGUUUCUGGUCUGAAUGACUCGGUUGUCCAUCACGGAGGAAUCAUGGACUUCAUUCAGAACAACCAGGAAGACGUCUACAGCAGGAUGAAGAACCUGAACUCGACCCUUCUCCAGGUCCUCAAAGACUUCCAGAGUCUGUCUCAUCACGACCUGACUGGCACUGCGCUGCUCAAUAGAGGCCUGCCUGGACCCCCUGGACCUCGAGGAGAAAGAGGUUUCAAUGGGCUGCAGGGCCCCCGAGGACCUCCUGGUGAAAGUGGAGCUCGAGGUCUGCCCGGUCCCAAAGGUGAAACAGGUUUGCCUGGUGUUGAUGCUCAUGUGCCCAAGCUUUCCUUCUCUGCUGCCCUCACUGUUCCCAUGGAGCGAGCUGGAACAAUUGUCUUUGACAAGGUCUUUGUCAAUGAAGGAGACUUCUACGACCCGAGGACAGGCAUCUUCACUGCACCUGUAGAUGGACGUUACUUCUUCAGUGCCAUCCUGACGGGUCAUAGGAACGAAAAGAUAGAGGCGGUUCUCUCCAAGUCAAACUAUGGCAUGGCCCGGGUGGACUCUGGAGGAUACCAGCCCGAGGGCCUAGAGAACAACCCUGUGGCUGAGGCUAAAACCACUCCGGGAUCUCUGGCUGUCUUCAAUAUUAUCCUGCCGCUGCAGACUCGGGACACAGUCUGCAUCGAUUUAGUGAUGGGCAAACUUGCCCACUCUGUGGAGCCGCUCACCAUCUUCAACGGUAUGCUGUUGUAUGAGGAAAUGUGAUUGGUUCAGACUGAGUAGACUGAUGACAACUCACAGGAGGCUGCACCAUACAAUGUGAUUUCAUUUCCUGUUUCAGGAGUGAAUCUUUUAAAUGAACCUUCAUUCCUCAACAGAUCACUAAGGUGUCACGUUUUUUAAUCUAAAUAUUGUUUGUUGAGUGUGGACGACAGCCAGAUGAUCUGAUUUGGUCAAAUGAUCCAAGGACAGCUGUAGACCAGGAUCACUGAACUGAACUCUUCCCAGUGCCCCCUGCAGGCUGCAGAGACCAUCACAGCCACAAUAUGAACAAACUCCAUCCAUCACUUUUAGGGUGUAAACAUUUUGUCCUGAGGAGGGCGCUACAGGACAUAUCCUGGAUCAUCUGCUGGUCUGGACUCUUAUUGAUCAUCUGACCGGUUCAAGUUGAGUAAUGUGGUUUUCCACUUAGGUGUUGAAAGACAGAUGCGCAUCACUAUCCUUAAGCUCCACCCCUGGCAGGUCAGAUGUUGUCAUAGCAACAAGUGACAAUUGCUGUGUCUCAAUUCAGGGUCCGCAUCCUUUGGAGGAGCAUUUGAACGCCAAUUACAUCGCAAAAGCAGGCGAAGGGUCUCCCAAUUCGAAGGCUCCUCCAAAUGCAGCCCACAAAUGCUACUGCUUUACCCUCAUUUUGGAGGAAGCACGGCUACUAUCCCUCAUGGCCUCCCAUAUCCCAAUGUUCUUUGCGCACCCGAAAAUGAAGAAAGAAAGAGAGAAAAUGGCGACAUUGCGUGGCGUAGAUCAUCACUUUCCCGAGCCUGGGCGGCAGAAAUUGUGACGUAAGGGUAAAAUAUCUGGUAACGCAACCAGGAAAUACUUCAAAGGCUAGACCUUCCCAUUUAACAAAGGCUGACGAGGUUAACAAGGUCUCUGAAGGACUCGCCAUCGAAGACCGCAAAGGCCGGGUCCUUCAGAGGAUGCAGACACUGAAUUGAAACACGUGUAACCUUGAAAAUGCUAUUUUGCUCUGACGUUUUAUAAAAGCAACAUGUAUUUUGUGUUUUACGACUGAGAUGAGUUCACAUUGUGAAUGUUUCCUGUAAGCUGCACAUCUUGUUUUAUUGAUGUAUUUAAAGCGUUAUCACGUUUCACUUGGUGGACAAAUGCUAAAAGACAAGGCUGGAAGUACUCAACACUUCUUACUGUCAACAAAUCAAUAAACAUUCAUUGGUGGAUAAAUAUGCAUAUUGCUUACUAAAGGUCAUACAACACUGCAUUACAAGCAGAAUCCCAUAUCCUAAACUGUUCACUUGAGUGUUAUGUACUUUAAGUAUUAGAAGCACACUGGUAGUGCUCUAUGGGACUGAUGAAGAAAUCGGGCUUUGAUACACAUUCCAACAAAAACAGAAAUCCUCCCAAUCACACUUUCAGUUUCACAGUUAAGCAAAUACAGAGAGAUGAUGGAUACAGUGUCAUCUGGUAAUGCUGUUAGCUCUGAGGAGAAACUGCUUGAGAGGGAAUUAACCAUUUAGACAUGUGAUGACUUCCCAUCAGUCCGUCGUGAAACUUCACCAACUAAAGACAAACUGACUGAUUAAAGAGGGGACAGAUAUUUUUAGCAUUGACCAUUCAUUUCUUCUAAACUCAGAAAAGUAGUGAACAGAGUGGAUUUUAGCUAAAAGUGUCAUGUAAACCUGUUUUUAAGUUAUUUUACAUUUUCAGUAAAGACAAGUCAGUCCAACAGGUUGCAAAGCAAUUGUGUUGUGUACAUUUACUCAGUAUACUGACUGCCUCCAUAACAGAGGCUGGCCAUCUUGUAAAAACCGCAGUAACUGCAGUUGUGGUCUUUGGGUAAAAGAUAAAUAACACAAAUCAUCAACACAACCUCUCCCCCAUAAGAAAUGGCAAGUACAAAGAGGUGUGAUGGAAGGCCAACCCAGCAGCAAGAGUCCAUAAAUGAAGCCCUGAAGCUCACAGCUCUGUCAGAGAACCAUCCAUCAAGUUGGAAGGGAACAGAGGCUGGGUAACACUGCAAGGAUAUGGUAGGAGGAAAAAUAUUGCUGCACAGUAGCCAAUUAUCAUCACAGUGCAAACUUCUAGCGAUGAGUCCAGAGCAUGAAUAACACUCUGAGGCCCCAUUUUAAGGAUAUUUGCGUCCACACGGCGCCACAGAAAAUGACCUAAAACGCUGUAGUUCAUAUUCCAGGCCUAUAGGUGGCGCAUGACAUUCACCAAAAAUGGAGAAGACACAGAGCAUGCUCAGAAAGCUUUCGUUCUGUAUACAAACAGACAGUAAAGGAGAAACCAAACAUAAUAAUGAGAAGACAACAAUGGCGUGUACAGGGAGAGCGAGGCAGAGGAGCAUGAUGUUUUGCCCUAGUACACCUAAUAGGCUCAAUAUCUGCUCUAGUACGAGCACAAGCAUGUUGUCCGCCGCCAUUGUUGUUGCUGUUGUUGUGAGACGUCGUGGGGAUCAGAGGUUGGAGGCUAGAGGUCAUGGGGUGGGGCGAUGGCAUCAUCGUUUCGGAUACUAUGCGGAUUUGCCGUCCACAUGAAAACGCGAGAGCUGUGUUUUCAGAUUUCUCCACCCUGAGACCCGUUUUCAAAAAAGUGAGUUUUCAGGCACUGCGUUUUCACAAUCCGUGUGAACGGUUGGUCAAAACAAUACAAUACGUGUGUGUUUUUGCAAAAGAGCGUUUUCGCGUGGAUGGCCCCUGAGAUGAUUCACACCAACUGGCUGAAGAACAACCUCCAGUGACAAGUGAACCAGCUGCUUAUACCAGGGUCUCUGUGUCACUGAUCCAAGAGAAGUGCAGGUAAACCUUGGCUCAAUUGAGACUGCCAUCACUAUUAUGUUUACAGCACCUCAUCGAUUGUCGUCCAAUGUUUUGAAAAGAUUAUAUAAAUGAAUAACAGAAGUAGUGACUGAGUUAUGAUAUUGUCAUUGUCCAUGUCAUGUACUUUGAAUUAGAAUUCACGAUUUCCUUCCAGCAACACAAUCAAAGCCUAUUUAUUGAGAAUCUGAAGUCAUACUUGGUGAUUAUGUUACACAGAUAUUUAUCGACAGCAGAUGGAUGAUGUGAACAGUACAAAUAAA